CCUCGCGCAGGAUCAGAGGUGAUGACACGCGCGACACCCAGUCCCGCUGGAGACGUGGUGACAGGCAGCACGCCGGAUCAACGCCCGGGCCGAACGACACUUUCCGCGCUUCUCCCCCCGCGGGCUCUGCAGGACACCGAUGGGGAACUCCUAUGCAGGCCAGCUGCGGACCACACGCUUUGAGGAGGUCCUGCAUAACUCCAUUGAGGCGUCGCUGAGGUCCAACACCGUGGUGCCUCGGCCUGUCUUCUCACAGCUGUUCCUUGAGACGGAGCAGCCGUUGGCACAUGAUGGCCGUACUGAAAAUGAUGAUGAAGAUGAGGAAGUUGGCUCAGAGUCUAACAGCCCCCCAAUACCCUAUCAGAUGAAGCCCCCACCUGAGGGAUGCUGCACAGUAAAUGGCUUCUGUCAGGCAGCCAAAGACCUGCGUCUGUCCUCAGUGGGAUCCGAUCCCUUGGAUGUGCCGACUGGGUUUAUGUUGGUGGGGGUGAAGUCCCCCUCCCUCCCUGAGACCUUGCUGGUGUGCGCUGUGGACCGCCGCUUCCUGCCAGAUGAACGGGGGCACAACGCACUGCUGGGCUUUUUAGGGAACUGUAUUGGCUGUGGAGAGAAAGGCUUUCGUUAUUUCACAGAGUUCUCGAACCACAUUAACCUAAAGCUCAGCACCCAGCCCAAAAAACAGAAGCACCUGAAGUACCAUCUGUGUCGGAACAACCAGAACGUGCUGGUCAAAGGAGCUCCCAUCUGCUGGAGGGGACACGAUGGCAGGAUGAGACAGAUGGGGUCCAGUCUCUCAGAAGCACAUGGGACAUCCGAUGAACAGCUAGCAAACAUGGCACUGACACACCCACCGCACACACCUGGCAGCUACACAGCAGGAUCAAAUGUGGACCCGAUUGGUCUGCCACAAAUAGCCGUCGUCCCACACUCGCAGACAAAUGGCAACCACGUGGUUCCCUCCAACGCCCUGCCCCCUUUAAACCAGUCAAGACCUGGAAGACCCUCAGUUAAAGGGUCCCAUGCCAAUGCAGGACCUCCAAAGAAGAGACACAAGGGCUGGUCGCCCGAGUCGUCCUCCAACAGUCAGUCAGAGAGCACAGCGAAGACACCAACCUCGUCAUCGGCCUUGUCCACAAUACCAGUGUCUUCUGUCCUCACUAAUGGAGCCAGAUCAGAGACCACAGCCCUGUUGAGUUUGUUGCAGGGAUCCUCCUUGACACCACUUUCUCCACCAGGGUUGUCUGUGACAAUCCCCGAUCAACUGCUACACACCUGCAGACUGCGACCAGUCAUCUUUAAAGGUCAUGGUUCACUCCCUCAGCUGACUGGAAAUGCAGAUGAAGUGCUCCUCAGUUCUCUGCUUCAGAGUUGUUAUCUGAGCUCUCAGACCCUCCCCAGAGUCUACCAGCACUAUGGACCAUCACCCAUUCAGCCGCUGUCCGCUGAGAUGCAGAUUCUACUCACAGUCUACUACCUCGUUCAGCUAGGACCUGACCAGGUGCCGCUAAUAGAAGACUUGGAACAGAUAUUCAUGAGGUCAUGGAGGGAGUCUCAUCUCAGCGAGAUCAGACAGUAUCAGCAGCCUCAGACACCAGGCAGCCAAGGGAGGCACUAUGGCAUGGAGACUACAUCCACGCUGCCUGGGCUCCCCCAACAUCUCUCCUUACCUCCCCAGAGCCAACAACCUCUGACCCCCAGCCAGCUCCCUUGGCUUGCCCAGCUGGCUGCAUCCUCCUGUGGAGAGGGUGUUGUGGUGUUGGGGGAAAAUAUUGGAUCUUUGGCACAAGGCCUCCAGCAAAUGUUUGGCAGAUUAAUGGAAGGACGGCUUGAAAACACCAACUAUGUGGUGAUAAUUGUCACUGCAGCUGGACAGGAAACACAGUCCUGUGUGGUCGUCACAGGUAGACAUCAGUGUCGUGCCUUGGCAGAGAGUAUGUUCUCCCCCAAAGAGGGUCUGAAAGAAAUCAACCACCAGCUCUCCACUGGUGUUGCCCAGGAACUCAUCCAUUACUGCAAUUCCCAAGAAGAUGGUGACUUGGAUUCCCUGCUGGAUGGUGCCACUGUGGACAGCAGUGAGCCAUCUCCCUUAUCCAGCAGUCAAGAGUCGGCUGAGGAAAGGUGUCUUAAAACCACACACAGUCCCAAAGACACAAACAGUCCCAAGGGUUCAAAAGACUUACCGAGCCCUCAAGAGCGAGCUUCAAGUCCCAAAGACACUUGUUCAGAAUACUCCGUAGAGUGGCGUGAGGUUCGUCCCAUUCAGCUGGCGGUGGCCAGGAAGCUGCUGUCCCAUGUUUGUGCCAUAGCAGACUCCAGCACACAGAACCUGGAUCUCGGCUCCUUCGACAGGGUCAGCUUCCUCAUCCUGGUCCCGUCCUCAGAGGUCACGUUCCAGCAGACCGUUCUUCACCUCUGGAAUUCUGGUGUCCUUCAGGAGCUUGGGGGUUCAGACCAGGAAUGUGUGUCUCAACGGGAGGCUGAGCGUUACGUGGUCAAGUUGGAUCAGAGCGCUCAGGCACGAAUUGACAGCCUGACGCAGGAAGCACAAAGCAACUCCUACACGCUCUACAUCCUUGUCCAUGACCACGCCCACUGGGACAUUGAAAGCGCAUCCCACAGUAGCCCAGACAGCGGUUUGGGUCUGGUGGACCAGCUGUUGAACUCCUGUCAGGUCAGAGAUACUCCAAACAUCUUGAUUCUUCACGUCACGUCCUUCCCCUUCGCCUUGCAGACACAGUAUACCCGCAUCAGCCCCUACAAUGAGAUCCACUGGCCCUCUGCAUUCAGUAACGAUGUGGACCUGUAUCACGAGAAGACACGCUACUUUGGUGUGUCAGAGCUUUUAGAGUCGACCCGUUCGGGAAGCAGCCUGCCUCUGAUGCGUCAUGAUUCCUCCUUUGAAAGCAUGGCAUCUGCCCUGGAAGAAAGGUUCCCUAAACUGCACAGUGCUGUGAUCCGGACUACAGUUUUGAUCCAACAGUACUGCAUAGCUCUGAUGGCUGCGUCCGGCAGAGUUGGCAGCUCCCACAAUCUCCACAAACACACCUCCGUGGAGACCCUGGAGAUUGUGCAAUCACUGCUCACCGCUUCCCAGCAAUGUCCCGCCCACCAUGGUCACAUGGUCCUCCUGCGGAUCCCCUCCUUGGCUCUGGCAGCAUGGGCCCACCGGCGGCUGUCCAGAGUUAGGAGGCAGCUGGGUCUGGAGGAGAGUUUUGAAAUCAUACUGGGGAAUCCAAACCAAGCUCUGAAUAUUGGACAAAGCUUCACUGAUCAGAUCAAGACAUGGCUGAAGAUCCAGGAUGCUGACUGGGUUCCUCAGACCUAUUUAGAGCUGGAGGCCCUGCCCUGCAUCCUGAUCCUGUCAGGAGCUGAGCCGCUGGGAGAAUCACUGCCAAGGUCAUUGAAGUAUUGUGAUCUCAGGGUGAUAAGCUACUCCUACCUUCAGCGAACCACACUCGAACAAGAGCUGGGACUAGCUGCUUAUCUUGUGAGAGCGGAGUCUCGACCCCCACACAACCUCGGACCAGGAAGUGACCUGCUGGAGAGCGAUGCAGAGAAGCUCAGCAGCACUGACAAUGAGGAGGAGGAAGGACAGGAGAAUGGAGAAUCCCCACUGUCAUGCAGCCAGCAGCUACAGUCAUGUCCAGACAGCGGACCUUCCGAUCCCUUCCCCACCCAAAGCACCACCUCUCCAAAUGUCCCCAAAGAGGGGACCGUGGAUCCCAUUCAGCCUCCCUCGCAUUCACAGUCUCAACUUCAACCCCAGCCUCAGUCUUUUCAGAAUCCUCAAGCUACAAUACACCAAACUCACGUGCAGAGUCAUUCCCCGGCCCCACCGAUCCCCCAGCUUCAGCCACCGCCCCAAACUCCGAUUCAAAACCAGUCACUAUCUCAAACUAAUUCCCAACCUUACCCUCAAACGCUUCCCCAGCAGCAGUCCCUCUCUCAGAUGGCCAUACCCCAAACGCAGUCCCGCCUCCAACACUCCAAAUCCACCUCCUCCGGCUCCUUGUCCCCGCGAGCCUCCUCCCCUAAUCACACCUGCUCCUGGGCGAGGGGAGUGAGUCGUCCGCCUUCCGUGCUCCUCCCGCGUGCCCUCUACGAUAUUAUCACAGCCAGCGACAGCAGCGGGCUUCCACGAUGUACGUCGUUCCUGCCUCACAUGUCUGUUGCAUGGGCAAGCAGCUUCAGGCCGUUGCUGAGUAAGAUGAUGACAUGCACAGAACAGUCACUGUACUAUCGACAGUGGACGGUCCCCCGGUCCUACCACAUGGACAGCAGCAAUCGCACUGAAGGUCGAAGUGACAACUUUCACCCUCGCAGACUGCUGCUCAGCGGCCCCCCUCAGGUGGGUAAGACGGGAGCGUACCUGCACUUCCUGGGUAUUCUGUCUCGAAUGCUGAUCAGGUUGAUGGAGGUGGACAUCUACGAUGAAGAAGACAUCUACAAUGAAAAGGGGGAGGGCGUGUUGUACCACCCGCCCAAAUCUUCCUGGCCAAACCCCGGCAUCAUGAAGACGAUGCCCUUUGACUACACCAUCCACGACCCUAAAUAUGACGACAUCAGCUCUGUCUAUUGCCCUGGAUUUACACCCAGUUUCGAGGGACACCCCGCGCGGCAGGAGGACGUGUACCUACGUAGGCGAACGUCUAGGAUCAAGUUGUCUAAAUAUGCCGCGUACAACACAUACCACCACUGUGAGCAGUGUCAUCAGUACUUGGGCUUCAACCCCAGAUACCAGAUGUACGAGUCAACACUUCGUGCCUUCACAUUCACCCAUCUACUGCUUGGGGAGGAGAUCCAGCUCUACUUCAUCAUCCCAAAGUCUAAAGAGCACUACUUUAGCUUCAGCCAGCCAGGUGGCCAACUGGAGAGCAUGCGUCUGCCUCUCGCCUCUGAUUGGAGCCCAGACUGCAUCAAAAGUCCAAUCUUCACCCCAACCACAGGUCGCCAUGAGCACGGUCUGUUUAACCUGUACCAUGCUAUGGACGGAGCUUCACAUCUACAUAUCCUGGUGGUCAAAGAGUAUGAGAUGGCUGUGUAUAAGAAAUACUGGCCCAACCACAUAAUGCUGGUACUGCCCACCGUCUUCAACGGAGCUGGAAUAGGCGCAGCUCACUUCUUGAUUAAAGAGCUCUCGUAUCACAACUUGGAGCUGGAGCGCAGUCGGCGUUUGGAGGGAGGGGGCCCGACGGAUGACGUCUGGCCCUUUAUCAUCCUGGCCGAUGACUCCUGCGUCAUGUGGAACGCAGUGGACCUCGACGCACACAAUGGUUCAGUGGAGCACGCUGUGUCACUGAAGCAGAUCUUACAGCACAUGGAGGCCUGUCCGGAGCUGGCCCACUACGGACUGUGCGGGAUCAGGAAGUGGAGCAGCCGUGGAUUCACAGGUCAGGGUAAUAAACUGAGGGAGCCCUUUUCCAGAGGUCACCUUCAUGACUUCCUUCUCCUCAAUGUCGACCGGAGCCAGAAUGUCCAGUACGACCAGAACCGCUUCACCUGUCACGAUGUGGACUUCACCCUGAGGCUACACAGUGCCGGCCUGCUCGUCUGCCGCUUCAACAGCUUCAGCGUCAUGAAGAAGCAGAUUGCCAUUGGAGGAUACAGGACAUUCAUUAUCAAGACCAAGACAACAGAUGUUCCCACCUCAGUGGGGCCCUCGCAGUACAUCUGUGCCCCAGACAGCAAGCACCUUUUCCUGGCUACACCAGCUCAGCUGCUCCUGGAAAAAUACCUUCAACACACCAGACAGAAGCUGUUUCCACUGAGUACCAAGAACUACACGCACCCCGUACUGUCUGUGGAUUGUUACCUCAACCUGGGACCUGAGGUGACGGUGUGUUUUGUGAGCUCCAGACCUCACUCUGUCAACAUCAGCACCACCGGGAUGCUGUUCAGUGGCCUUCUCCUCUGUUUCGCCGACUCGUUUGUGACACCCGGGUUCCUUAAGAAGUUCACCUUCCUGAAAGGUGCGACUCUGUGUGUCAUCAGUGCAGAUCGUAGCUCCUUGAGGCAGACGGUGGGCAGGCUGGAGCUGGAGGAGGAGUGGAGGUUCAGGCUCAGCGAUGAAUUCCAGACUGCCAACGCCAAGGAGGACCGACCGCUCUUCUUCCUGACCGGGAAACAUAUAUGACUGAAUGACACAUAGGGUCUAGAGUGUUUAACAAAAGGUUCUGCAUCAAAGAGAAUACGUGUUAUGGCCAAAGAAAGAAGAGGAGAAAGAACGAGGACACAAUCAUUUGUGUGCAAUUGUAGCCUAUUUUUGGCAACAGACAUUUUAGUGUUUUAUUUUUAUUUUCUAUUUUGGAUAUUAAAUAUUUUGAAUAUAUUUAGUCAAAUUUGUAUUUUGUAAAAGAGAAAGUACUUAUCCAGUGUGUACAUUAAAUAGUUUUGUGCUAGAACUUUUGUUGUACUUUAUGCUCAAUAGACUGUAUGGUGAUUUUAUUUGUAACUGAAGACACAAACCCACCGUGUGUUUUAAGCAUGUCAUGUACAGUUUUGUAUGGCUUCAUUGUAUAAAUGUACAGAUAUUUUAAA